GGUGGUGGGCCGUAACGCCGCAGUUUUCGGACGCGCUGCCCUACAGAAUUCUACGCCCGUGAUUGACUGCUCAGCAACCACGGAAAAAACUCGCUGCAUUCCUCUGGCGCGCUCGAGGAGUGCAACAAGUUGAUUGAAGGAAAUUAGAGAUUGACGGCUGGACCUCGUCUAGGAGCCGAGUCUACCGUACAUGACGCCAACAACUGUGAUUGUAAAAUGAACUUUUGAACAAUUUUAAUGAACUUUGUGUGGAGUGAAUCUCAAUAUUCUUUAUAAACAACGGGAAAGAAUGAACAGAAAUCGUGUAUUGUAACUAAACAGUGAAGUCCGUGACCCACUAGAACUAUAUGUUGAGGUGAAUUUAAAUUAUUUUCAUUUGAUUCAGAAAUAAUAACAAAAAGGUAAUUUAUUAUUCAUAACUGUUGUAUGUGAUAGAAAAUAUAUUGUUACCUUAGACGGAAGGGAACGAUUGUGCCAUUAUAUGGAGAAUGUUUCCCAAUGUCCCUCACUAACGACAUCAACUUAAAAUGAAUAUUAUGAAGAAAUUAGCAAGUGAAUUUUAGAUAGAGAAUUAUAAGGAAACUACUGUAACAACUGAUGAAUAUUGUGUUACUGUGAGAUUUUAUUCAGUGUGAAAUUAGUUAUUAUUUUCGUUGUUGUUGAGAAUUAUUAUUGCAAAAGCGUUUGAUGAGAAAAACUGCUUCAUCAUAGUGUUUAGUGCUGUGCCAUAUAUAGUGAGUGGUGAGACAGGCCGCACAGGUCACCUCACCAUUGUCAUACUAUCACCAUCGCCCGUCACUACAUCACCAGUCACCAAUUUAACACCAUUGUCUCAACGUCACCAGUGCCUCCUUACAUUCCGUCACCAACGUGUUACCACAUCGCCUCACCAGCGCGUCACUACACCGCCACAUCACCACUAUCUAUAGCACCAUCACCAUUAAGGUAACCCGUCGUCACCAGCCGCCGCCACCCACCAGCGCCGCCUCUCCCGCCACCUGUCACCAGCCCACUUCCGGCCUCACCAGGAUAACCAACAACAAGGUCUCUCCUCCUAAUUUAAUCUCAGCGCCUCGCAUUGUCACUACCAUCAUAAUCUUCUCCGUCAUCACCAAGAAACUCAUAUUCACCGCAAUUAUUUGCAGAGCUCAUUUUCCUCUGCGUCAUUGGGUCCGCUAGCGGCCUCACAACCUGCGGCAUCACUCUAACAACAUCUACACCUGCGGAUGCUACUGCAAAGGACUUAAUAAAACCUGGGAAACUGCGACCCACUGUUGCAUCAGUCUACCCAUAUCUACGGCUGCGGAUGCCGCCACCCCCGUGGACUUAAACUCCACUAAACCUUGGGAAUCUACGGCUCGCUGCGGCAACCUGCGGCGGGGGAUGUAACACGUACUGGCCGUAAAUCAAUGUUAAGGGCAUCCUGCGGUCUGCGACAAGUCCCUCCCAGGAGGCCUGGGCACAGAGGACCACGCUGAUACCAUCUCUCGAGGUCGCUGACGGAGGCGGUGGUCACAGUCCUCCCCAACAACACCUAGAUGGUGGCAACAGCGGUUAUAUACAAGAGAUGGUGGUUAACACGUAAAACAUUACUUAUCUCUUAGAAACAACAACAAAAAGCGAACGAAGACUGGACGGAAGGGACGAGUUUAUCAUCAAAAGGAAAAACAACUUUACGAGCCACACGCGAGAAGAGAUAAAUAUCUGUUAAUUGGGAUAGUUUAUUAACCAAAGGAAAAGUGAUAACAUAAUUCGUUGUGUAUUUUUUAAUCAAAGAUAAUUUAUAAACGAGUGAUGAGACGCCGAACAAAGAAAAAUGGAAAUGAUUGUAUAGAGAGAUAGAGAGACGGAAGUAUACUGAACAAUACAAAACAUGAAUAGGGAAUAAAUCUUGAAGACAAAGGAUGACACGUAAACUUGUAAUAGGAACGAAGAAGAAAGGGAAGUGAGUAGAUGAGAAAAUUUACGUAAUAAUCGUUCAACUCAAGGUCCCUUCGGUAGGUGACUGGACUUUACUACGAGAGUCGGACUUUAGUGGAGUCGGACUAGGGAGAGUCGGACUUUGGAAGAGUCUGACUAGGCAGCGGCGGCGUCAGGCGGGAGUGUAGUAUGGCGGGCGUCAUGUAUCAGGGCUACGCCUCCUACCUCCAGGCCUACCAGCGCCACUCCAACCCCUACUGCCCCACCACGCCCCUCGCCCUCAACCACUAUGACAAGAAGUACCGACUACAGGACGCUGGUGCAGGAGGGUCGUCACAACCACCCACGCCGGACCUGCAGCAGCAGCAACAGCAGCAGCAGCAGUUCGCCGCAGCCGCUGCAGCCGCCUCUACUAGCACCUCUACAGCACCCCUGCCCAACCCGCAAUCUGGUGCAGCAGCUGCAGCAGUAGCAGCAGCGGCAGCAGCAGCGUCAGCGCCACCAGCUCCUACUGCUGCCGCUGCUGUGUCUGCUGCCACUCACGCCGGGGUGUGUUCCUCACCAGUAGCCUCACAGCAGCAACAGGCGCAACAACAGCAGCAAUCACAGCAACAGCAGCAACAGCAACCUGUGUCUCACUCUUCCAAGACUGAUGAGAAGGGGGAGCAGCAACACGCGGACGCCCACUACAUCUCCGCCAACUGUGUAGUGUUGACGUACUUCAGCGGGGAUCUGGCCACCGCUGUCGAUGAGCACUUCUCCCGCGCCCUCACACAGUCCUUCACCAAGUCCAGCAAAGACCCGUGCCCGAUGUCUCAGCGUAACCUGCCUGCCUCCUUCUGGAACAGCCACUACCACGCGGGUAUGUCCGGGUACCCUACGGCGGGUAGUUCAGUCACGUUGACAGGUCACGAGUCCCUCUAUCCGGACUACUCCAGCCUGCACGGCCUGCACCAGAGCGACCCCUGGACCUACAACUUCACCGCGGCAGGCCAGUACCCCCACCAUCGCUCCGUCGCUGACUUCACCUAUAUGCCCUCCUCCUCCAGGUAUCCUCACAACUACUCCUCACUCCUCAUGGGUCGGCCGCGGCUUCCUCAGUGUGUGGUGGGGAAGGCUGACCCCUGGGGUGCCGCGCCCCGCCUCCACGAUGAAAUGACCUUUGACCCUACAGCCGCCUACACCCACCACUUCUCCUCCAUGUCAGGACCUGUACUGGUUCUAGAACUUAGCCUGAGCCACACCCACGCCCAUACUCCCACCUGCGCCCACGUCGAGGCUAGCAUCGCCUUCAUAGACACUAUACAUGUGAAGUAUAGCAAGAUGUAGCACUGAGGCUGUCCAUGGACCACUGUAAGGGCUACAUCAUCUCACAAUAUCG